AUGAGUGAUGAAGAAAAUAAUUUAGAAACAACCGUGAAGGAAUUUGCUAUGAGACUACACAAUAAAUUGCAUGAGCAAGUAAGAAUUAUGCAGAAAACAGAACUGGAUGAGAGCAUGUUGAAUCCACAAGAUUUUGAAAAAUUAUCCACAAUUCCAAUUUAUAGGUUUUAAUUAUAUAUUAAGUAAAUAGCCAUAUUUGAUAAAGCAUAUUUAGCUAAAUCAAGUAUAGCACCAAACGAAUGUUUUCAAUAUGUGAGUGACUGAGUCAAAGAGCUAAUUGAGCUUAAGCGAAAUUUUACAGUUUUCCAGACUUUUAAAGGCUUGCCAAGAGAUAAAACCUAUCAAAAAUCUCUUCAGAAGUUAGAAGAAGUAAGCAGAAACCAUAACAAAGUCCAACACCAACUCCGUCUUUAUAUAGACGAGCUUCAAAGCGAUGUAGAAAAAAGCAAAAAUAAAGCUAAAAAUAUCGAAUUUGAGUUUUAUAAAACUGUUGAGGAGCUUGAAGCUGAAAAGAAAAUGUUAGAAUUGGAGCUCCAACGCAAGGACAAAAAGAUUCACAGACUGCGUAUGAUAAAUCCAAAGAAAAUCGAGCUUUCUGAAGGAGAAAGAAAAAGUCUAUCUUUUGAUAUUACAGGAGGAACAACCUCUAAAAUGAUUGAAGUUGAUAAUAAAAGGAUGGAAGAAGAAAUCAAAGAAAAAGAAAAAGAGUGCAGAGAACUCGAGUAUCAAUAUAACUUACUUAAAAAGCGUCUCUAUAAUGAUCGGAAUCAGAGGAAUUUUUCGAUUUCUCAGCAAUUCAGACAUAAAUAUGAAGAAAAAUGCCAGGAAGUGUUAAGCAUACAAAAAAAUUUAGAAAAUUGGCAAGUUAGAAAGCGGCAAAGCCGCUCUCAUUCUCCUUUUGACCAAGUAUAUACAGAGCCAAGUCUUCGAAGGAACAGCAAGUCUCCUCUUGUAAGGCCUGCUUGAAAAUCAAACUCAUCUAAAAAGAUAAUUCGAGUUCAGUCCUUGAAAAGAACGAUCUCCACUCUCAGUAAACCUCACCUGCUUGAUCGAUAA